AGUAACGAAACAUCUAAUUGAAAACUGCACUUUGGUUUCUGAUCUAUUAAAACUGAAGAUGGGGCGGAGAAAGAGGUAUUUAUACAGUCUGGUGAAGCCUUCGUCACGAGAAGCUAUGGUAGGAUUCCAUAUGAUCACUUCGAACCUGAGUCAGCUGUUGUCUACAUUGGACAAGAUCAGAAGGAAACCUAAAAAGUUCAUCUGCUUGAACGACAACAUGGACGCCAGCCGACCAGAGGAUAACCAGCUGAUUCAGGCCGUGCUCAUUGAUUUCUUCCACUCCCUGUUUCCUAAACCGUCUCAGUUUGAGCUCCCGGCAGAUUACCGUAACCGUUAUCUGUACUAUAACGAUUUCAUUGUCUGGCAAUCGAAGAAGAAAAGAUUAUCAAGAUUACUUUAUGCGACUAUAGCAAUUGCGGUUGUCUUUACAUUUGGCUGCCUUUUUCACAAUGAGUGUCACAAAUUGAAAACCAGGGUAAGAAAGAGAGUCUACAAGAUUAUUUCGAGGAUAAAGUCAUCAAGAAGGAAAUUGCCAACAAAAUUAUAGAACAACUAAUUAUUAAUUAUUAGUUACAUUUUAAUCCUAUACCCUAUUUAUAUAACCAGUUUUGUUGAACACUUCCAUAUAACCUACCAUUCUCUGUAAGUUCCUAUUUUUAAGAUUUAAAAAAUCAUGCAAAAGGUUAUGGAAGUCAGUUGUGCCAUUGACAAGAUCAUUUUACAUUGUGGCUUAAAAUGUAGAAAAUUCAUAGAGAUGUUUACACACAGUCAAGUUCCAAUUAUCUUUGGUAAUUAAUGUAAAUGUGGCAAAUUGGUAACCCUAAGCCUUGUUUGAUCCGAGGAUAGUUAAAAUGUAAGCAAACUUGGCACCGUGUUUGUUAUUGAACGCACCGAGGCUCGUUCAAUAAUUCUUUAGGAAAACCAAGAUAAAGCGUUUAGAGAAGUGGGCCGAGCUUGAAAAAGCAGAUAUGUUAAAAAUUUAAAAUAACCCAAAAUAAUUCGUUUUACCAAGGAUUUAUGAACGACUUUCGUAAAUUAAUCGAUGAUUUGGAAAUAGGUCAUUUAGAACUGGUUUAUAACAUCUGUAAAUAACAGUUUUACUUCUGCAUACAGUGUGAGGUGACAUUUGGAAAUUAGAAAGAUGAAAUUUUAAAUAUGCAAACAAAUGAUCAAAAGCCUAUAUAUAAAAUAAUAACAAAUGAAAAGAAUCAUAAAGGCUCUCUGAUAUUGUUCUCCCAAGUUGGGAUAUUUCCUAAUUCCCAGUAAAACAGCAGUAAUUCCCAGAAUUUAAUGAGCCACCUUGGUUUAAUUUGCAACAUGAUCGAUUAAACGCACACAGAUAAUCGGAAUUCGACUGGAAAUGGCAAGGCUGAUAGAAAUGUAAUAGUAGUUUUAGUUACCAUAGAUCUAUUGUUAUUUUAGAAGCGAUUCAUGUUUCGUAGAUACAACAAUCAGAUAUGGAGGGUCUCCCGAAGUAUAAAUCUUAUGUAAUUCUGUAUGCACUGUGCUUAUUCUAGAAAGUGUGUUGCUACUGAAAAACAUAAAAUUGCAGCUAUUGUGAAACAGUCAUGUACAAUACUUAGAGUAGAAAUACACAGAGCGUGAUGCGAUCCACAAGGCCUUAACUCCAUUUGUUUUGAUAAUUAUGGUCUUCUAUACACAUUUAAUUACUUCUUAACCCUUUGAUAGUCGAAACAGAAAAGAACUUUUUAGUACAAAGUAAUUUCUGUUUCUUAAUUUCUAAUAAAGUUUCUAAUAUUAAGUUAAUAUCAAUAUUUAAGUUUCUUAAAAUUCUGAUAUUCCUGUUUGUUAAUUUUUCUCAUUAUACUGUAUAUUUUAUACUGUAUUUUGUGAUUUUAAAGGAAUAAAUGUCAUUAUUUCAUUUAAAACUAGCUAUAAAAAUUCUCAGUAAAGUUUGUGUAUAGUGUACAGAAAUUUUCAAGUUUAUACAAUACAGGCAUUUUGUUUCUCAGGACUUAAAUUUGACAAUAUUUAAGACUUGAAAUGAACCAAUAAAAAAACAUAACUUUUGAAAGCUAUGAAUUGCUAUUAUUCAUUUGCAUUUGAAAAUCACAUCAAUUAUGAAGGCACAAAAGAAUAUUAAACUAAAAAAAGUGGUAGGUUUUUAUUUAAUAGUCUAAUUUAAUAAAAUAACUAAUCACUAUUAAUUAUAUAAUAUGUUUUCUUUUGUUUUCAUUCUGUGUUUACGUAAUAUAGAUCUAAUUAGAAUGAGUGAGAGAAGGGUUUCAAACCCUGAUUUUUUUUGUCUUCAGUCUGUUUAGAUUUAUCUAGUUCGUUAUCAAUGUUUCUUUCUGAAUUUAUUCAUCUAAUUUAAUUCAAUCUAUCUUUUUAUAUAUGUAAAUUGUCAUGAGAGUACAGGACGCAUUUAGUGUUCUUCCAACCAUUGAAUCCCUUUUGUUAGUUACAGGAUGUGUUUGAAUACUGUAAAUAAACUGCAGAAACAAAAAAUACCUUCUGUUAGUUACAGGAUGUGUUCGAAUACAGUAAACAGACUGCAGAAACAAAAAUACCUUUUGUUAGUUACAGGAUGUGUUCGAAUACAGUAAACAAACUGCAGAAACAAAAAUACCUUUUGUUAGUUACAGGAUGUGUUCGAAUACAGUAAACAAACUGCAGAAACAAAAAUACUUUUUGUAAGUUACAGGAUGUGUUUGAAUACAGUAAACACACUGCAGAAACAAAAAUAACUUUUGUUAGUUACAGGAUGUGUUCGUAUACAGUAAACAAACUGCAGAAACAAAAAUACCUUUUGUUAGUUACAGGAUGUGUUCGUAUACAGUAAACAAACUGCAGAAACAAAAAUACUUUUUGUAAGUUACAGGAUGUGUUUGAAUACAGUAAACACACUGCAGAAACAAAAAUAACUUUUGUUAGUUACAGGAUGUGUUCGAAUACAGUAAACAAAUUGCAGAAACAAAAAUGCGUUUUGAUAAUGAAUAAACAAAAUAUUCACAGUUGUAUACAGGGUGUUCACAAACUUCUGUGGCUGAUAGUACUCAUCAUUCCAAAAAGAAAAUUAUCUAUAGGUCGAGAAAUGCGUACUGUAGUUUAUAGCUGCUAGUUGUCAUUUUGUAUAUUUUAUAAAAUUAUUAUAAUCUAUAGAAUUAGUAAAGCUACAGAUACCAAACUUUGCACAUAGGUUCAUGAUAAAUAAGAGGAAAACUAAAAAAAAGGGUGUGAUUUGCUUUAAUAUUAACAAAAAUUGUGUCUGUUGAAACUUUUAAUUGAAAAGUCAAAUAAAAGAGUACUUUUCUCUGGAUCUUGUACUCAGUGCCAUCUAUUUGUGUAGACUUAAUUUAUGUUACACAAUCAAACUAAACAAAAAAUAGUAACCGUUAAGAUACAACCAUAUUAUUGUAUUAUUUUGAUAGACAAGUAACAUUUAAAUUUUUCCUACUCAGUUGUAGAUUUUUUUGCAUUCAAUUAAUUUAAAAUUUGUUACUUAACCCCUUCACAGUUUUUGAUAUAAUAUUACACAUAAUUAUAUUUGUCCUGUUUUAUUCUGUUGUCUGCUGUAAUAUUAGCGAGAAGGAUGUCUAUGGAAACUGCUUGUUACACAAGUAGUUCUUGCGUUCUCUACGAGAUGUCAGCACUUCCUUAGUUCUCUGUCAUGAGUGUUUGUACCGUGGUGAGUUUGCUGUAGCCUCACAGUGUAGCCAGCUACCUCAUAACACCACGUGACACAUAACAUUAUGGCUGUGGUAUGAUUUGUUUAUUUUAACCUAAAUUAUGUGUUAGAUAAGUUAUUGACCUGAAGAAGAGAUCAGAUUGCAGAUCUCGAAACGUAGUGUUACUGAUUUUUUGUAUCACUGAACGAUGGCAAAUGUCCGAAAAAAUCCUGUUUCCUUCACAAUCCUUCCAUCGUCAAAAAUAACCUUCAAACAAAAAGCUACCUCAUGUUUUUGCAUGUAACCUGUCCUAGAGUAUUAUUGUUUUUUUUUUUUCUAGUCUUUUAUUGUACCUCCGGGAAAUAUCCAAUGCACAAAUAGACAAUUAGCUUCGUUUGCCUGACAAUUACCGUGACACGGAUAGCGAAUAUGACCGACCUAGUGUACAAUAAAUUUAUAAAAAAUAACAAAAAUUUUAAAAAAUUCACUAAAAAUUUUCAUUAAAAAGUAUAUAUCUAAACUAUUCAAGUCUCUCUAUAAAAAAACCAGCAAAGCAACAUAAUUUUAGAGACAGACUCAAAAACUGUUAGGGGGUUAGUAUCAUAUUUUCAAGAUAUCACAUUAAUCUUAAUAUUAUAAUAAUAUGUAUUAUAAUAUGUAUUUAUUUCAAAAAAAUUAUAAUUUCGUUGAAGUUUCAAACCAUUAUUAAUAAUCUUUUCCUUUUAGAAUAAUAAAUAAUAUGAAGUACAUUUUUAUCCUUAUGAGUUUACUGGGUAACUAUAUUUUAUGUUGUUACAAGAUGGCAUUUAAUAUUCCAAAAUGUCACCAUCGUAUUAUGUAACUUAUUUAAUGUUAUAUCUAUAAGAAAUAUUUUAUUUAUUAUUUUAAAAGUAGUAGUGUUUUCCUUGACAAGGAAAUUAUUUCGUAGAUUAUUUAUUAUAUUUAAAUUUAUAAGUAAAUUUAAAGUAAAUUAUUUUAUUUACAAACGUAUAACAUUUUACUAAUUACUAGUCAUAUUUGUAUAUUGUGAUAUAUUGUAUAGUUAAAUAUUAUACUUGUAUUUUGUAUCAAUGUUAUUUAUUAGAGAAUGUGGAGUAUGUGUUUGUGACAGGGCAUUCCUUAAAGUAAGCAUUUUGUAAAUUAAAUAAUAAACCAUUUUUGUCUCUA